AUGCCCAUACCUUUUAAUGAAUUCAACAUCCUGAACUUGAAGAGCACCGAUGGGAUACCUAGCAAAACGGUUCGAUGCGUCAUGCCAAGCUCUAGCGUAGGUAAUGCCAACGGAGAGAGUGGUAAAAGAAGUCUGGUGGCAGCUUAUUCAAUGCCCAAUGACGUAAAGCAAGAACUUGAAGAGGCACCACAAAGGGAAGAUCCGCUGAGAGAUAGAGUGAGCUCGAAGUCAGUUUACGCCAAAGAAACCAGCUACCAACGGAAGAGGUUCAGUCUAGAGCUAAAAGAGGAAGGGGACAAUACAUUGAAAAGACCCCUUGAUGAACCAGCCGAGGCUACAAGGGAGGUUCACAAGAAAUCACGAUGGGACAUUACGGAACCAACUGCAAGCUUACAACGGGAUUCUGUAAACUCAUCUUUAACCUCCGCUCCGCAAAGAUCUAGAUGGGAUGCUGAUAAACCUUAUCAAAUUCCUGAAGUAAAUAAAACUUCUGUGGAACAGCUGUCAAAAGAACUGAUCACAGAAUUGCCGGGAGUGAAGGACCUUCAAUUCUUUAAGCCGUCUGAUAAAAGCCAUUUUGGAGAGUUACUGAACCAAAAAGAGGAAUUAACGGAAGACGAAGAAAAAGAUCAUCAGUUUUUGCGUCUUCUUUUGAGGAUUAAGAACGGCAAGCCCCAGAUGAGAAAAGUAGCCAUGCGGGCCCUAAGAGAUCGGGCAGCUGUAUUCGGAGCCCCCCGAAUAUUCAACAGAGUUCUACCAAUCUUGAUGGACCGAAGUUUAGAAGAUCAAGAACGCCACUUGAUGAUAAAAGUUGUGGAUCGUAUUUUGAACCGCUUACAAGACCUCGUAAAGCCUUAUACACACCGCAUUUUGGUAGUAAUUGCUCCUACGCUGAUUGAUGAAGACGAUCUAACAAGGGAUAUUGGCAGAGAGAUUAUUUCUCAGCUAGCACAUGCUGUAGGGCUGGCCACAAUUAUUACUGCAGUUCGGAAAGACAUCGAUCACCAGGACGAAUACGUGCGAAACAUUACCUCCCGUGUAAUGGCGGUGGUAGCUAAAGCUCUAGGUGUGUCUCACAUGUUUGCUUUUCUCAAUGCCGUAUGCCACUCCCACAAAUCGUGGCGGGCCCGGCAUACUGGUGUCAAAACUAUUCAAGGGAUUGCUAGAAUUCUCGGAAUUGGAGUUCUCCCUUACCUCCAAUCCCUGAUGGAAUGUAUAUGUGACGGUCUCAAUGACGAACAGCUCGUGGUACGUAUUACAACGGCUCAGUGCAUCGCGUCAUUAGCGCAGAGUACUUACCCAUAUGGAAUUGAGAUUUUUAACCCUGUUCUUGAACCACUUUGGAAAGGAAUAAGAACGCACAGGGGUAAGGCACUCGCUUCUUUUCUGCGCGCGUUAGGUUUUUUGAUUCCGCUAAUGGACAAAGAAUAUGCAGGUUAUUACACCCAAGAAGUUAUGCGCGUAGUGAAAAGAGAGUUCCAAUCGCCUGAUGACGAAAUGAAGAAGGCAGUUUUGUUGGUGUUACAGAAGUGCUGUGCGGCAGAUGGUCUAGUACAAAAGCAGGUAAGGGAAGACAUAAUGCCCGAUUUUUUCCGCUACUUCUGGAGUCGCCGCACGGCUUUAGAUCGCCAAAUAAACAAAUCUGUCGUGUAUACCACUUUAGUUUUGUCAGAAAAAGGUGGAGGUGGGUUUACAGUCGAAAAUUUGUUAAAUCCGUUAAGAGACGAGUCAGAACCACUGAGGGUUAUGGCCGUGCGUGCUGUAAGUCGAAUAAUCAAGCAUAUUGGAUCCCAGGAUAUUGAUCGAAAUUUAGAAAGGAGACUAGUAGACGCUCUUCUUAUUGCAUUCCAGGAACAAGUGAGCGAUGAUCGCGUAGUGGUCGCUGGAUUCGGAGCGGUGAUAGAGUCUUUAGAUGUUAGGAUGCAUCCUUAUCUUUCACCUAUAGUUAGUACGAUACUACAAAGGUUAAAGCAUAAAUCGCCAACCAUUCGACAACACGCUGCUGACCUAUGUGCCUCCCUAAUUCCCGCCAUCAGUAACUGCGGGGAACAAGCUAUGUUGAACAAGAUCAACAUUAUAUUGUAUGAACAAUUAGGAGAGGUUUUUCCAGAAGUUUUAGGGUCUAUUAUUGGGGCUAUGAGCCAGGCUGUAGCACGAGUGGACUUUACUGUACUUCAGCCUCCUGCCAACCAAAUUUUACCGAAUUUGACACCUAUUUUACGCAAUCGGCACAGAAAGGUUCAGCAAAACAGCAUCGUUUUGAUAGGGCGAAUUGCAGAUAAGGGGCCUGAGAGUGUUCCACCUAAGGAGUGGAUGAGAAUAUGCUUUGAGCUUUUAGAAAUGCUUAAGAGUCCGAAUAAGCUUAUACGAAGAGCUGCCAAUAAUUCGUUUGGCAGCAUUGCAAAUACCAUAGGGCCGCAAGAUGUGCUUGUUGCACUUCUCAAUAACUUGAAGGUUCAAGAGAGGCAACUUCGUGUUUGUACAGCUGUAGCCAUUGGAAUUGUUGCUGAAAGAUGUGGCCCGGUAACAGUUCUGCCAGCGAUAAUGAACGAGUAUAAAACCCCUGACACAAAUGUUCAAAAUGGUGUUUUGAAAGCCAUGACAUUUAUGUUUGAGUACAUUGGCCCAAUCUCAAAAGACUUCAUAUAUGCAACUUUGCCGCUGCUCCAAGACGCGUUUACAGAUCGAGAUCUGGUGCAUAGACAAACGGCAGCCAGUGUUUCAAAACAUUUAGCUCUGAACUGUAUGGGAAAAGGCUACGAAGAUGCUUUUUUGCAUUUGUUGAAUUUGCUUAUGCCUAACAUCUUUGAAACUUCGCCACAUGUGAUAGUACGAGUACUAGAAGGCGUAGAGGCUCUAGGAAUAGCCCUUGGAGUGGGUAUUUUAUCCAACUACAUUUGGGCAGGUCUUUUUCACCCAGCAAAAAAAGUCCGAAAGGCUUUUUGGACCUUAUACAACAACGCGUAUAUUCAGGGACCAGACAGCUUAGUAGCCUACUACCCCAGAACAGAAAUGAACCCAACUUUUGAGAUAGAAGAAAUGGAACUAGUUCUGUAA